UCAUCUCGCCAUAAGACACACUAAGAUUUAGUUACUACUAACGAGUAGUCGAAAACUUUUUAAUAAAAAAAAACUCGUGUUCUAUCACUUCUUUACUCACUAACAAAAGUUAUCUCAGAUUUAUUUUUUAUUCAAAUCUGUAAUUAUAAACAACCUCGAGAUGCUGGCAUUAACCGCGCUAACUGUGCUACUGGCGACCGCAGUGACAGCCAGACCGGAACCCCCAGUACUCGGGGGGCAACAAUACCUACCGCCUGAUCAGCAGUACGGUCCACCACGGAGAAACAACGGGUUUGGCACCGGAGGGAUAUCAGGUCAAAGUGGAUCAAAUGGAGGAGGAUUCGGAAAUAAUCAAUACCUCCCGCCAAAUCAGCAAUACGGCGCGCCAGGAGGUAACAACGGCGCCGGAUAUAAUGAUGGUUAUAAUGACACUCCAGCCAAGUACGAAUUUGAGUACAUGGUAAACGACAUUGAGAGUGGUAACGACUUUGGACACAAAGAAAGCCGUGAUGGUGAUGUUACACGUGGAACUUACUACGUUCUUUUGCCCGAUGGACGACGUCAAACAGUCGAAUACAUUGCGGACCAAAACGGGUACCGACCAGUCGUCACUUACAUGCAAGAAGGCAAUGGCGCUGGAAAUGGUUACCGAAACGACGGUGCUGGCAAUGGUUACCCAGGCGGAAACAAUGGUUAUCGUUAUUAGUCUCGUGUACUAUACGGACACUACUACUCCAGACAUAUCAGCCUAUUGUUAUGCUGGACCAUCCAUUUCUUUCGCAAACAUUUGCUGUUAAAUCUACCACUUAUUGUUCCGCAUCAUCCUCACUAAAUGACCAAUCAUUUUUUUUUCUUUUUUACUCCACUAAUUACUAUUAUUAUGAUUAUUAUUUUUUACCAUUAUAUAUUUAAUUUUUUAAUUAUCACGUGAAUUCAAGUGCUGCUACUAAAAAGGGCAUAUCGAUUAUUCAAACAAUUAUAACUAUCAUUAUUAUUAUUAUUAUCAAUUAUAAAUAGAUCUCUACAUUUCAAUAUAAUUAUAAUAAUAAUAAUAAUAAUAAUAUCAAUAGUAACCCGAGGAUAGAUUUUUUUUUUUCAGUAGUAUUCUGUAUGUAAAAUUAAUACAAAAGCCCGAAUAUAUAAUAAUUACCAUUUAAUGGUAUUAAUUGAAAGAAAAACUAUUGGUCUUUUACAAUACUCCCAUUGCCAUAUCCAUAUGUCCAUGUAUCCAUAUAUACACAGCCAACUUGCCAAUUAGCCGUAAUUAAUAAUUAUGGUCGACCGCAUAGAUUGAUUACCGUUGAGUAUAUAUACACUAAUAAUGUGUACAUAUAUAUUUAUAUACCUGCUGUAAAAUACUAGCUCAACAUUAUUCUGAAUAAUAUCAAAAGAUAAUAUUAAUAAAUGAUAAUAAUAUUAUAAAAUAUAAAUACAUAUAUA